AUGAGAAGAACUGCACUUAUCACAGGUGGAGCACGAGGUAUUGGUGAAGCUAUUUCUAAGAGACUUGCGAAAGAUGGAUUGAACGUUGUUAUAUGUGAUUUACAAAACCAAAAUAAGGCUGCAAUGAAGACCAUACAGGAAAUCAAUCAAUUCGGUGGUAAUGCUGUAUUCUAUCCUCUAGAUGUUCGAGUAAAAUCACAAAUUGAAAAGACCAUUGAUAAUGCUUAUGAAAAGUUUGGAACUUUUGAUGUAAUGGUAAAUAAUGCAGGCAUUUGUCUCGUUAACUCGUUUGCGGAUAUUACGGAAGAUGAAUUGGAGAAACAAUGGGCUGUAAAUGUUAAGGGAGUUCUUUUUGGAAUGCAAGCGGCUGCUAGGAAAUUUAAGGACGUUCAGAAUAGAACAGGAAGAAUUAUAAACGCAGCUUCGAUAUCGGGUCAGUUAGGGAUGCCAAAUCAGGGUGCAUAUUGUUCUACCAAAUUUGCAGUUAAGGCACUUACGCAAACUGCAGCACAGGAACUUGCCGCAGAUGGAAUCACGGUUAAUUCGUACUGUCCUGGAACGGUGGAAACAGAAAUGCAACGUGGUAUACUAGAGAAAGAGGUAGAAUUAGGUAUCUCCAAGGAAGAGUCUAGGAAGAUUCAUUAUGACUCUUCGGCAAUUAAAGGAACCAUCAUGCCAGACGAUGUAGCGGGUUUAGUUUCAUUCCUCGCAAGUAGUAACAGUAAUUUUAUCACAGGUCAAUCCAUUAUAGUUGACGGAGGAUUGGUAUAUCGAUAG